GCUCACUUAGUAGUUCAUCUGUAAUGCUCCACAGAGGCUUCAGCCAUCUGCUGCACAACCCUCAGACGUUUUUAGGAGAUUUUUCCACAUUUCUCAGGAUUCUUUGGACUUGUUGCCCAUGCGAUGAUCUUCACAGCGGAGCAGGUCAUUUGUGUGUGCGAGGUCCUUCUGCAUGGCGGAUACAUGGAUCGUCUCGCUGGCUUCCUCAAAACUCUUCCUCCCUCUUCCCGCUCCUCGGCCUCGUGCCUUGGGGAAUUGGAGAGUGUGCUGAAAGCUAAGGCCGCAGUGGCCUUUCACCAGGGGCGUUUCUCUGACCUCUACACCCUGCUGGAGGGCUUCCCCUUCUCCCCACGCAGCCACUCGUUCCUGCAGCAGCUCUGGCUGCGAGGCCACUACACAGAGGCCGAGAGGCAGAAGGGCCGAGCCCUGGGAGCUGUGGGGAAGUAUCGUGUGAGGAGAAAGUUUCCUCUACCGAAGACCAUCUGGGAUGGAGAGGAGACAAGUUACUGCUUCAAGGAGAAAUCUCGAGGUUUACUCCGGAAGUCGUACCACCGUGAUCCGUAUCCUUCCACGCGGGAGAAGCGGGCGCUCUCCGCGGCCACCGGCCUCACCACCACCCAGGUCAGCAACUGGUUCAAGAACCGCCGCCAAAGAGACCGAGCAACGGAUGCAACCAGUUUCCAAAGUUGGUGUGCUGGAGGACCUUCACAAGUCUACCAGUCCUCUGACAACGACGCUUUGCCUCGGUGCAGCCCAGGCCUGCAGCACGGCCGCUCCACACCUCCCCCUCUUUUUCAUCGACCUCUACAUGACACGAGCAGAAGUUAUUCAAAUAUCUAACUCCCCUCUUGGUUGAUAUAUCCCUCUGUUCUUUUUUUAAAUCUGAAGUCCAAUUUUCCUGAUGUUUUAUUACCAAAACA